UCAUAGGUCAGGGCGCCGCAGUGUCGUGAAGCAGAUUUGAUUCAUGCAGCAAGUUUUAAUUGUCGGAGAAAACUUGAUCUUUGAAGGUAGAAGAGAGCGAUAUUGCAAUUACUGGCAGUUCAUUUUGACCUCGGUAAACUUCGAUAAUAGGAAUCUUUUGAGAAAAUCGUAGCUCUCAUUAACGAUAUUUUACUCGAUGUCCCAGCGCAACAGCAGUCUCUUAAUGCAGCGCAUGGAUAUUAUCUCCAACAUGCUACUUCGGAAGUAGGUCACUGUUUUACCACGUCUCUAUUGGGCGCUCGUUUUUUCUAAAUUACACCUCGACUGGUCAUAAUUUAUAAAAGGUGUAAUCUGAAUUAAGAGUGGACUCAAACCGAUCUUCCAUCGGGACCGAAGGGUCUGUAUGAAGGGAUGUGAUGACCCAUGCAGAUACCGCCCCAGUGACUCCUGGGAGCAGGUAGGUCUUCCACAUGCAGAGGCCAUGGUGGGGGGAGCCCGGCCAAAACUAAAAAGAGGGAGGCCCAAGGAGGUAAAGAGAGGCAGUGUGAAGGAGAGCAAUGAACUGUGGGAAGAGGAGGAGGGCAGGAAGCUGUAUCUGUGCGAGGGGGACAGACUCGACUGUCGAGUCCUUCUCACUCGUCUGGAGUCGAGCAGUGAUGAGGACAAGGAGAGCUGCUUGGAAGCUCCAAUAGAGACCAAAGAAGAAGGGAGCCAUAACCUGGUGCGUGGAAGGACCAAGCCCUGCAAGUGUAGACAGAAGACCUGCAAAGCCUAUCGGCUAGCGCCGGAACCAAACAAUCAAUCAAAAGUCUUAUGCACAUUACCUGUCGUGGAACCUCGCAAACGGAGGCUGGCCUCUCUCAAUGCGGAGGCUGUGAAUGGUCUGCUCUUAUACAGAGAACAUCCGCAAGGGUCCAGACUCGUAAAUAAGCUACAUUCCAAUGGGAAUCUGGCAAAGGAUACAAUCAUUUUGGGCCGUAACACCCCAAGUGUCCCUAAGAUGGCAAAAUCAGACAUUUGUGGAAUUGGAAGUUCCAAAACAUACCAAAAGACUAUGAAGAUUGAGGAUGUGAGUCUGCUGAGUCUGUACGGUCCCACCCCUCGGCGUCAGGCCAGCCUCAAUGCUGCUGCUUUGCUCAAGAUCACCAGCACCUCCUUCAAAGCCAAACACCGGGGGGCCAAGGCCAACUGCAACCAGCUGAGUGGGGUAGUGAGGAUCAAGCUAAAGAAACGGCAUCAUCAUGAAAUCCAUCACAGGCAAUCCCAGGUCCAGCCACAGCUGGUUCAGAAAUGCUGUAAUCUCUGUAAAAGGGAAUACUUCCACCCAGAACCACAGUGGGAGGGGACUACGGGGGGGAAUGGCUCCAUCAGAUCUGACUUCCAGUGUGGAUCCUUCCUUGGCUACCCAAUGAAGUCUGUGGAGGAGCCAGUCGAGACCCAGGCGACUCCUUCUUUCUGCUGCUGCUCCCAGGAAAGGUUGGGGGAGUACUGCCACCGACUGGCCCUGUUCCUUGGCCAAAAGAGCUUCGGUGACGACGAACUUGCGGAGCAUUCGCUCUCCAAGGGCCGCCUCCUCUCUCCCCGUUCCCUUGCCCACCCACAUGCCCUGACCAUAGGCCCCCACCCUUACCCAUGUUUCUCAGGCUAUUAUGUCCACUUUGCCCACCACAAGACCUCUACCCUCAUGACCUCCAUGAGCUCCAGCCCCAUGCCCUACCCGCCCUCUUCUGUGGCCUCCAUCACGUUGUGCCCUGGUGGGGUCCAGAGUCCCAAGCUGCUGUCCCCGACCGGCUCCCACCCCUCAGGAAUCUCCCUCCCGGUCUACUGCUAUGGAGAAGCCUGCAGAAUCAGUCGCUACCCCUACAGAGCAGUAACAACCCUCGCCAGCAGGGGGUGCUGCUAUAAUGCAGGUUGCUCCAGCUGCAGCCAUAACACCAAGUCGGAAGACUACUCCCCGCCUUUGGAGGAACACAGCCCCCCCUCUGUCCCAGUUUCCCCCACACAAGGCUGCCUUGCCACCGCCAGCGCUACCCUAGCCGGCCAAUCAGUGCCCCACCUCCAGAACCCUCUAUCGGACCCAGGCCAACCGAGGAUUACGCUGCAAGUGACCAGGGAGUGUCCUCGGCGUGCAAAGCCACCCAGCAGCUCUCGGUCUGGGGUAUGUGGUGACUCCCAUAUUCGAGACGAGCAUCAGCUGGGGCCUGCCAUCAGCGGAGCUGCCAAGCAGCAGAGGAUCACCCGUCGCCGGGCAACCAAUGGCUGGCUGCCCGUGGGCGUGGCCUUCGAGAAGGAGGUUUUCACUGUGGGGGAAGAGACGACAGUGUUGCGCAAAUGUUUCGAAGGAGUACAGCGGGACGGGGAGGUCAUUCGGGUUCGAGACACAGUCCUGCUGCGCUCCGGUACCAGGAAGAAGUCUCUGCCCUACGUAGCCAAAAUCUCAGCCCUGUGGAAGGACCCCGAAUCAGGAGAGAUGAUGAUGAGCCUGUUUUGGUUCUACCGCCCAGAACACACACAGGGAGGACGAAAUCCCAACACACACUGUGAGAAUGAAAUUUUUGCAUCUCGGCAUCAGGAUGAAAACAGUGUGGCCUGCAUCGAAGACAAGUGCUACGUGUUGACGUUAGCACAGUACUGUAGAUAUUGUGCUUUGGUGACUCGUCGGGGGGAGGAUCUCCCUGAAAGUGUCACCAGAAUGGUGCCGCCUUCUGCCGAGUACGCCGUCCCUGCCCACUGCUGUGUGCCAACGGACAUCGACCCCGACCUGGUGUUCAUGUGUCGCCACGUCUACGACUUCCGCUAUGGACGCAUCCUGAAGAGUCUGCAGUAGCACUUGUGUGGAUGGUGGUGGAACGGAGGAAUCUUAAACAGUGAAAGAGAGAGCUAAAAAGACAGGAUUUUGAGACCGACCAAAAGCCACUCUGUUUUGAUAGGAGUGGAAGAUGUUGACAGUUUUAGGCAGAGGAAGUCUGGAAGUGCUUUUGCCCAAUGUCUCGAUCUCUCACUCUUGAGGGAUUUGCGAAGGGUCACACUUGGUCAAAGAGGAAUUGUGUUUUAUCAUCCCAAUCACAAAUCCCCUUUAAUAAAACUGAUUUGCCAAAUGUUUAUUUUAUUUUUGCAUCGUCCCAUGACUUUGCCUGUAUCUAUGUGGGUUAUUAGUUCCGUUGUGUUGGCAGAUGGUAUCAGUUAAGACUUGUUUUGUAUUUAAUGGGAUGACUCAUGAAUUAGAUGGUGGCUUAACAUAUUUAUCUGUAUUGAUUUAGUCUUGAGUUUAAGGUUUAAUUGGCUUAAGUGCAAAGAAAUAUUUAUUUCUAUAUGGAGAAUUUUUUUAUUACAUUUUUUAAAAGUAAUUUAAGAGUGCAUUAUUUAGUAUUUUCAAAGCAAGGAAGGCGACUACGAGAUAAUUAUCAUUCCUAAGUAGAAAUGAUCCAGGCGUUCGCCAAACACUAACUCUCUGUCUGCAUUGUCUUAGAGGUAAAGUACCAGUGAAUCCCAAACCAGCCUCUCGCCUAUACCUCACCCCUACCAACUAUACCUCACCUCUACCAACUAUACCUCACCUCUACCAACUAUACCUCACCUCUACCAACUAUACCUCACCCCUACCAACUAUACCUCACCCCUACCAACUAUACCUCACCCCUACCAACUAUACCUCACCCCUACCAACUAUACCUCACCCCUACCAACUAUACCUCACCCCUACCAACUAUACCUCACCCCUACCAACUAUACCUCACCCCUACCAACUAUACCUCACCCCUACCAACUAUACCUCACCUCUACCAACUAUACCUCACCCCUACCAACUAUACCUCACCCCUACCAACUAUACCUCACCCCUACCAACUAUACCUCACCCCUACCAACUAUACCUCACCCCUACCAAUUCAUGACCCUACAUAGUCACGUGUUGCUGACAAAACUCCCAGAGUGGCGAGAGGAUUAAAUAAACCGAGACACACUCUUGACUUGAAUUAUGCAAUUCAUGUAUGACAUUUAAAUAAUAAGAGUAUGAAAUUCAAAUGAACAAAUUCCCCUGGUCAUUUUACAAGAUAUAAAAUCGGACACAACAAAUGCUCCAUUCUCUUGUAUGAAAUUGUACACAAUAUAUUGUGUUUACAUGUUGGAAUAGCUCUUCGCUUUGGAACCGGCAGCUUUGCUGGCUUGGUCGAAGUGGCUAUCGAAGGGUUUGGUCAUUGUCACACCCUCAGCUUUGGGACACUUGUUCAUAUGAAGGAGGUGAGUGUGAAAGUACAAAUGGAGGGGAAGGGACUGGUUUGGGAUUCAGCAUGAGAAUGACCAGUGACUCAACCGGGCCAACCCCCACGAUAAUUGUUUGUCCCUACUACCCUGCCUUGAAUUGACCAAUGAACUGGGGUUUGAACACCACACGCGCACUGCCAUUAGCCAUAAUAACUUGCCUUACAUCCCGCCGGUCAACAUCUAGGAUGCAAGCUCCAAUACGUUCAGUUCACACCUCACCAAAAAACCUGCCUUCCAUCUAAACCAAGGUUGCCAGUGGGUGGAGCUACAGUUCAGUACAAGCCCCUCCCCAUGUUACUGUGCACUAAUCUAUGUUCCAUUAUGAGAUCAUCGACUGUGUCCUUAAACUGAACAUGCUACUGAUUCGUUAACAUGGAAGUCACACUGUGGAUUUAUGUACAUGUGUUUGCUUAGAUUAGAGGGAAUCAAAGUUUGGUAUCACAGUUCCUGGAAAAGCUUCCUGUCUGAUCAACACAUAUACACAAACACACACACACCUGCUUCUAAGAUGUAUCUCGAUGUAUAGGGCACAAGCCAUAGGAGUACCUUCCUUACACGCUCAAGUCCUUUUUAUGUCCAAUCAAGAUGUGAUCGAUUUUUCUUACUUGACUGUUGUGCCUGCCUGUCUCAGUGGACUCAGUGUCCAAGAACUAUCCAUGAAAAGUAGGCCAAGAUUAUUGUUAUUUUUUAUGUCUUUUUUUAAAUGCCUUUUUUUCAUGAAAUUCUGUUAAUUGCUAAGAAAUGUUUGUACCAACAAGGGUAUAUAAUGGGUAUAAAAUGCCCCAUUCAACUCAUUCCCCGGUGUAGAAAACUCUCAAUUCCAAGUUUCUUUGUUCUUGUGUGCAUUAUGUUCCGAGUUUUAGAGGUUCUGGGAAUUCUGGGAAAUAAUAUUCAUAGCACAGUGUUUGUAUUAUUUAACAUGUAAUAUACAAAUAUUUGAAUGGAAUAAAUAAUUAGUUUUAACCCAA